CCAAAGCACUUAGAAAUUAUGUUGAUAAGCAAUUACAAUUACAAAAUAAGGAAAUUACUAAGACUUGUAAUGUUUGUUGGAUUUUUGCUGCCACAAAAGAAAAAGAUAUUUCGAAAAUACUUGAGUUAUUAAUGAGAAAUGGUGAUUCAUUGUUUGCAGUGAGUUUUACAAAUGUUGAGGGGAUGCCUUGGGUUAAAUGUUAUGAUCCACAAGUUAUUUUAGAAUAUGCAAAUUCGUUAGAAUCAAAGAUUAAUUCAAAAGUUGUAGAAAAUUUAGAUGAAGCGCUGCGUCAGACAUUUGCAAGUUACGAUGAACAAAGUCAAAUUGUGGUUUUAUAUGGAAAUGAUCUUUGCCGAGAUAUUUCUCAACUUUUUGAGGAUGCUGAUGAUUAUAGUGUUAUAAUUCAAAUUGGAGUAGAACCAGACUUUGAAGAAUUCAAAGCUCAUUCAGUUAUUUUACGGGCUAGAUGA